ACACUGGGGCGCCGGCGGGACCGGGAGCGGCCGGGGUCCGCGCGGGAAUUCCGGGCAGCGGGGCCCGAGCGUGGGGCGGCCGGGGCCGCGGCGGCGAGCGCCGCCGUCUCCGGAGUGGGGGGACUCCCCCCCUGUUCCCGCCCGGUCUUUUCCCGCCGACCUCCCCGAUCGGGGUCGGAGCCCCGGCGGGCGCCCCGGCGAUGAACCCCGCCUGGAGGUGGCCGAUGUGACAGCAUGGGGGUGGACUUUGAUGUGAAGACUUUCUGCCACAAUUUGCGGGCAACUAAGCCUCCGUACGAGUGCCCUGUGGAGACCUGCCGCAAAGUAUACAAGAGUUACAGUGGUAUUGAGUACCACCUGUACCACUACGACCAUGACAACCCGCCACCCCCGCAGCAGACGCCCCUCCGCAAGCACAAGAAGAAGGGUCGCCAGUCACGCCCAGCUAACAAGCAGUCACCCAGCCCCUCGGAGGUAUCUCAGUCACCUGGCCGUGAGGUGAUGAGCUAUGCGCAGGCCCAGCGCAUGGUGGAGGUAGACCUGCAUGGCCGAGUACACCGCAUCAGCAUCUUUGACAACCUGGAUGUGGUAUCAGAGGACGAGGAAGCUCCUGAGGAGGCCCCUGAGAAUGGCAGCAACAAGGAGAACACAGAGACACCUGCAGCUACGCCCAAGUCUGGCAAGCAUAAGAACAAGGAGAAACGGAAGGACUCCAACCACCAUCACCACCACAAUGCUCCAGCCAGCACUGCUCCUAAGCUGCCAGAGGUGGUGUACCGAGAGCUGGAGCAGGACACCCCUGACGCCCCGCCCCGGCCCACUUCCUAUUACCGGUACAUCGAGAAGUCUGCCGAGGAGCUGGAUGAGGAAGUGGAAUACGACAUGGACGAGGAGGACUACAUCUGGUUAGAUAUCAUGAAUGAGCGGCGGAAGACUGAGGGCGUGAGUCCCAUCCCCCAGGAGAUCUUUGAGUACCUAAUGGACCGACUGGAGAAGGAGUCCUACUUCGAGAGUCACAAUAAAGGUGACCCCAAUGCACUAGUGGAUGAAGACGCCGUGUGCUGCAUCUGCAACGACGGCGAGUGCCAGAACAGCAAUGUCAUCCUCUUCUGUGACAUGUGCAACCUGGCCGUGCACCAGGAGUGCUACGGCGUCCCCUACAUUCCCGAGGGCCAGUGGCUGUGCCGCCGAUGCCUGCAGUCACCCUCUCGAGCAGUGGACUGUGCUCUGUGCCCCAACAAGGGCGGUGCCUUCAAGCAGACCGAUGACGGGCGCUGGGCCCAUGUGGUGUGUGCCCUGUGGAUCCCCGAGGUCUGCUUUGCCAACACGGUCUUCCUAGAGCCUAUUGACAGCAUCGAACACAUCCCCCCAGCCCGCUGGAAGCUCACCUGCUACAUUUGCAAACAGCGGGGCUCCGGGGCCUGCAUCCAGUGCCACAAGGCCAACUGCUACACAGCCUUCCACGUGACAUGUGCCCAGCAGGCCGGCCUCUACAUGAAAAUGGAGCCUGUCCGGGAGACGGGCGCCAAUGGCACCUCCUUCAGCGUCCGCAAGACCGCCUACUGCGACAUCCACACCCCCCCAGGCUCUGCCCGCCGCCUGCCUGCCCUGUCCCACAGUGAAGGUGACGAGGAUGAGGAGGAAGAGGAAGAUGAGGGUAAAGGCUGGAGCUCAGAGAAGGUCAAGAAGGCCAAGGCCAAGUCCCGGAUCAAGAUGAAGAAAGCAAGGAAGAUAUUGGCAGAGAAGCGGGCAGCCGCACCUGUGGUGUCAGUGCCUUGCAUCCCACCGCACAGACUCAGUAAAAUCACCAACCGCCUGACCAUCCAGCGGAAGAGCCAGUUCAUGCAGAGGCUGCACAGCUACUGGACACUGAAGCGCCAGUCACGGAACGGGGUCCCGCUGUUGAGGCGCCUGCAGACACACCUACAGUCUCAGAGGAACUGUGACCAAGUUGGGAGAGAUUCUGAGGAUAAGAACUGGGCCCUUAAGGAACAGCUCAAGUCCUGGCAGCGGCUCCGGCAUGACCUAGAGCGAGCUCGGCUGCUGGUAGAACUGAUCCGAAAGCGGGAGAAACUCAAGAGGGAGACGAUCAAGGUCCAGCAGAUUGCCAUGGAGAUGCAGUUGACGCCUUUCCUCAUCCUCCUUCGCAAAACCUUGGAGCAGCUCCAAGAGAAGGACACGGGCAACAUCUUCAGCGAGCCGGUCCCUCUGUCUGAGGUAACCGAAUUGGACGAAGUACCUGACUACCUUGACCACAUCAAAAAGCCCAUGGACUUUUUCACCAUGAAGCAAAACUUGGAGGCGUACCGCUACCUGAACUUUGAUGACUUUGAGGAGGACUUCAACCUCAUCGUCAGCAACUGCCUCAAGUAUAACGCCAAGGACACCAUCUUCUACAGGGCAGCGGUGCGGCUCCGUGAGCAGGGCGGCGCUGUGCUCCGUCAGGCCCGGCGUCAGGCAGAAAAAAUGGGCAUUGACUUUGAGACGGGCAUGCACGUCCCCCACAGCCUGCCUGGAGAUGAUGCCCCACGCCACCCUGAAGAUGCAGAGGAAGAGCGGCUGAUCCUGCUGGAGAACCAGAAGCACCUGCCAGUAGAAGACCAGCUGAAGUUGUUGCUAGAGCGACUGGACGAGGUCAAUGCCAGCAAGCAGAGUGUGGGCCGCUCUCGGCGCGCGAAAAUGAUCAAGAAAGAGAUGACAGCGUUGCGGCGGAAGCUGGCCCACCAGCGGGAAACUGGCCGGGACGGGUCUGAGCGGCAUGGCCCCUCCAGCAGAAGCAGUCUGACACCCCACCCAGCAGUCUGCGACAAAGAUGGCCAGACAGACAGUGCGGCGGAGGAGAGCAGCAGCCAGGAGACAAGCAAAGGCCUGGGUCCCAACAUGUCCUCAACCCCCGCACAUGAGGUGGGCAGGAGAACCUCAGUUCUGUUCUCCAAAAAGAACCCGAAGACAGCUGGACCGCCCAAGAGGCCGGGCCGCCCCCCAAAAAACCGGGAGAGCCAGAUGACCCCCAGCCACGGAGGCAGUCCUGUGGGGCCCCCCCAGCUCCCCGUCAUGGGCUCCCUGCGUCAGCGCAAGCGGGGUAGGAGCCCCCGGCCCAGUUCGAGCUCAGACAGCGACAGUGAUAAGUCCACAGAAGACCCCCCGAUGGACUUACCAGCCAAUGGCUUCAGCACUGGAAACCAGCCUGUGAAGAAGAGUUUCUUGGUGUACCGCAAUGACUGCAACCUUCCCCGGAGCAGCUCCGACUCCGAGUCCAGCAGCAGUAGCAGCAGCAGUGCCGCCUCAGACCGGACCAGCACAACACCGUCAAAACAAGGCCGGGGUAAGCCCUCUUUCUCUCGGGGCACAUUCCCAGAGGAUAGCAGUGAAGACACCUCAGGCACCGAGAAUGAGGCCUACUCCGUGGGCACUGGCCGCGGCGUGGGCCACAGCAUGGUGAGGAAGAGUCUGAGCCGGGGAGCCGGCUGGCUGUCAGAGGAUGACGACGCUCCACUGGACGCUCUGGACCUCGUGUGGGCCAAAUGCCGGGGGUAUCCAUCAUACCCGGCACUGAUCAUUGAUCCAAAGAUGCCCCGAGAAGGUAUGUUCCACCAUGGGGUUCCCAUCCCUGUGCCCCCAUUGGAGGUGUUGAAACUUGGAGAGCAGAUGACCCAGGAAGCCCGAGAGCAUCUCUACCUCGUUCUCUUCUUCGAUAACAAGCGAACCUGGCAGUGGUUGCCCAGGACAAAGCUGGUUCCUCUUGGUGUGAACCAGGACCUAGACAAAGAGAAGAUGCUGGAGGGCCGCAAGUCCAACAUCCGCAAGUCAGUACAGAUCGCCUACCACAGGGCCCUGCAGCACCGCAGCAAGGUGCAGGGUGAGCAGAGCAGUGAGACCAGCGAUAGCGACUGACCUUGCCCAGCAGAACACAACCAAUAGUGCCCUAGGACCUCUCUCUUUCCCUUGCUCAUUGCCCUGGAGUGGCUCCAGCCUCUGCACUGACUCAUUCCUGGUCUUGGGGCCAGUCUCAGGGGAAGUUGGGUUGGGGGAGGUCCCUCCUGCCCUGAGUGCAGCUGGACUGUACAGAACACUCCAAGGGCCUGUGGUGACUUAGUGCAAGGAGAGGGGAGGUCCCACAGGUCAAAAAGAGCUCCAGAGACUAUGGCAUUGCAAAGCAGGGUGGUGGACCAAGGUUAGGACACUGCAUAAAACAGACCUGCCACCACCUCUGCCUGCUCAUGCUAGGAGAAUCUAUAACUGCCUAGAGGCCUAAGGCCCCUGAAGGUGGUGAGGUGAGCAGACAUCUUCCCAGCCUAGCAGUGGGACGGAUGUCUGUCGAGCCCAGAAGAGGGACACUAGGUGACCCCUCCCAAGCUGUUGUAUAUACUGUAAUUAUUGGAGAAUUUAAAUUAUUCUCAUUUGUAACUGCGUUUCCGGGUCGCGCCAGAGUCAUUUGGUACUAAAAAGACAGGGCCUUGUCCCUAUUUCCCUUCUCUUUCCCUUAGAUUCCCCUACCUUUCAAACUGGUUUGUAUUUAUUUCAAAGGAAAAUAUAUUGAUUCUUAGUAAAUAAAGUCUAUUUA